UAGCUGGAGGUUUUGCACCCAGGCGAGCUCGGACUCAUUGAAGGUGAAGGCGAACUUGAAAUAGAAAGUAUAUUAUGAGAUCAGGGGAGCGAACUCGACUGGAGGCGAAACAGGUACCGGUAACAUUCAGGGGAGGAAAAGAGGCACUGGGAGCGUAAAAUGUCUUGCCCGCGAACACAACUACAGGUUAGAGCCCGGAUCACUCAAUCCGGAUACCAUGGAUACCAUAUCGCAGCGCAGCAGGCAGGCUAACGGCGAAAAAAAUUCCGAAAAAAACUGGUAAUGAGUAUUUUCGUUACCUGCUGCCCACAUAAAUCGCGGUCUCAGGAUCCGUUUCAACUUGACAAAGUGGCGGGUAUGGCGGGCGAGUUACCUGCAAAUACACCGUUGUCGUUUGAUUUUCCCGACGCCAGGGUCGAUGAUGAUCUCUCUCUAAGAAUGAGAAUCCCACAGAAGAUCACCAUACCGGGAGAUGACGAAGAAUCUCACUCUAAUGUCAAGACAAACCCGGGCGAUAUGGCCAUUCCUGACAGAAUCGAAAUUGGCACAUCUUCGCCAAAAAACAGCAACAUUCCAAGAGACUUACGGGAUGAAGUGGUGGCUGUGAAUUCCUUGAGUAGCAUGAUAACUCCACCUCGAACUUUGACUGUCGAUGACACCAAGUCGGCUUAUUAUCCUCAAACGAGAGCAAGUCCGAGUUCGCCCUCUGCAGCUGCUGGUCGUGGCAAUCAUGAUCGGAGGGCCAACAUUGCUAGAGACAUCGCCGAUGAAAGCAUUGCUGUUGGUCUUGAAGUCAUAGAAGAAGGUGCACCCUUAGAUAGUGACAAUGAUGUUGGACAUUACAUGGGAAAUGAUGUGUCUGACAUACGGAAGUUCAUCCUUCAGAUACAGCAACUGAAUCGCCGUGUUAGGGACCUUGAGAGGAAUGUGGACACGAAUACAGUUGGAUUUUGGUCUAAAGUAGCUUUCUUUGCUUUUACAAUCAUCAAUCCUAUACUACUCCACUGGCUGUUCUGGAAAAGAAGAUGAAAAAGAUCAAGUGUGCUGUUGUUUAAGUGAAAGAAGAACUCGUUAAAAGGAAAAGCUAUGAUAUGGCAUUGUUUGUUCCUAUGAGGUUAUGAAAGCGAACUGUUCUUGAUAGUGAAGUUUUAGUAGUUAAAUUUGUAUAGAACUGUAUGUUUUGCACUACACAUACAUGUAUACAAAAAUGUAAACAAAUAACCCAGCAGGGCAUCAAAUAUUAUUUCUUUUUCUUUUGAAAAAAAAACUAAGGAAACUUAGUUCUGUUGCUCCAUUCAGAGAUGACAGAAAUUUGUGUUCUUGAUUGGUGAAACUUUAGUGACUUGUAUAUAAAGUUGGGAUGGUAAAAUAAUAAGUAAAAGGCAGAACACUGUAAAUGCAUUUCUCUCAAGAUGUAGUGAGUACUGAAAAUGCAAAUUGACUCCAGUUUUUUGAGAUCCUUGUCUUCAUCAUGCAAUCAAAGAUGAUUACUAAUAGUUACAAUAACAAAUCAGUCUGAGAUUUCUCAAAAGUAUUUGUAUAAAGCAGUAAAGUUGUGGACUGUAGCAUGGGGUAAUGAAAUGAAAUAAUUGCUUGA